GGGGGAGAGUGACAGCAUUGGUUCCUGGCAUAUCAUAUUUUAUCGUUGAACUUCACUUUGAGCCUUUCCUCUCCGAUUGGCGAUUCACAAAUGGCAUCGCUGUCAUUUCCGGCGCUUCCACUCCGUACACUUGCAUCUACCUCCUCCGCCUCCUCCUACUCUGCUGCUCCUUUGCUUCACUGCUCCGUUCCGGCGAGGCUUUCCUUUUAUUCCUCCCAAAGAAGAACUACAUGCCCCAAGCUCCGCUGUUCCCGUCAAUUCACCGUUACAUGCGGCACCGCCAUCACAGAGAUCAACGAGACACAGUUUAACGACACUGUUUUGAAGGCUAACCGUCCCGUUCUCGUUGAGUUCGUCGCUAACUGGUGCGGCCCUUGCCGUUUGAUCUCUCCCGCUAUGGAAUCCCUAGCUCAGGAAUAUGAAGACAGAUUAACAGUGGUGAAGAUUGAUCAUGACGCGAACCCUAGGCUAAUCGAAGAGUACAAAGUUUAUGGGCUACCAACAUUGAUCCUCUUCAAGAAUGGGCAGGAAGUUCCAGAAAGUAGAAGAGAAGGUGCAAUCACCAAAGUUAAACUCAAAGAGUAUGUGGAUGCUUUAUUGGAAUCAAUCUCAGUUUCGUAGAUACGAGUCGAAAUUCCGUUUCCGUCUCGGUUUGCCGGAUUUCUACAUUCUUGAGUCAACUGUAUAACAUAAGCUGCAAAUACAGGAUGUUUUGUUUAAGUAAAUUUGUGACUUUCUAUCCCUUUUUGGGUUUCCCUUUGUUGUUUGAUUCAGGUGUAUAAAUUUCUUCUCCUUUGACAGAAGUGUAAUUGGUAACAUUGUUAAAGAAUCAAGAGGCUUAAUGUAAUUAGGGUUGUGAAA